UCUUUUAGCAGCAGAGAACACUUAUGACACUGAAUUCUUCGUCUGCUUCGGAAAUUGAUCAGGAAUUUGCAUGUCAGAAAGUCAGAAAUAUUUUUAGAAAGAACGUCACUGCAGCAAAGCAAAAUGGCAGACAACAUAUUUUUAUUUAUCCCUAACAUAAUUGAUUAUUUCCGAGUGAUAACAGCUUUGCUGUCAUUUUAUUAUAUGAGAACAGAUUAUAUAUUGACUACUUUCUGGUAUCUGUUAAGUGGACUUUUAGAUGCCAUUGAUGGUCAUGCAGCAAGAAUGUUAGAUCAAGGAAGCAAGUUAGGUGCACUCCUAGACAUGCUGAUAGACAGAUGUGCCACCAUGUGUUUGUUAGCAGCGUUAUGCCAUUUCUAUCCAGAUUACAUGAUGUUCUUUCAGAUCUCCAUGUCUAUAGAUAUAACCAGUCACUGGUUCCAUGUCCAAAGUUCACUGAUGAAAGGUGCUACAAGCCACAAGACAAUAGAUUUAGGUGCUAAUCCUGUACUGAGACAUUAUUAUCAUAACAGGAAAAUCCUAUUUGUGAUGUGUGCAGCUAAUGAGUUGUUUUAUUGUAUGUUAUACUUAACCUACUUUACUUCUGGACCUUUCAAUUUAUUCAGCAUAAUCCUAUACCUGUCUGCUCCACUAGCCCUCAUCAAGACUGGUAUCAGCAUCCUUCAGUUAGUGGUGGCAUGUCAGAAUGUGGCCGCUGUGGAUGUGGCAGAUAGAGCUGCUGUUGCUGGGGACAAGAAACAGUAAAUGGAUAAAUAAUUAGAGCCAAAGAAAAAAAUGUUGUUUAUUUAUUGUUAAUGUGAAAUGGAUAUGUUUGUUAGAGAUAGAUACUUGUGAAUUGUUAGAUCAUCUUUGAAAGUUGUCCACAUGUUGUGUAAUUGCUUCUGUUGUUUUCAUAUUUGAGCUUGCCAAAUCACACAUAAACUUUAGAACUAAUAUACAUAUUUUAUGAAUUUGUUAUUUUAUAUGUAAACACAAUUUUUCCCUAAAGAUGAAGAAAAGGAGAUUAAAGGUACAGCUACAUUGGCUACAGAAAUCCAAUGUCACAAAAAAGACAUGUAGACUGUAGCAGUCAACAUACAGUUUAGAAGAAUAGACCAACUUCUAUACAUUAUGUCAAGCACUAAAUUGUCCUGGAUAUAGGAAAUAGUGAAGAAACUUUACACAAAGAUAAGAGAGGGGGUUAGACAACUUCACUGCUGGACUUUACUUCAAAUUUGUAAAUGAAUUUUAUUCGCUCCCAACCCUAUUACCUACAGAAAAAAUAAUAAUGGUAAUGACUUAAAUUUAAUUAAGAAAUUUGAUUGAAAAUGUAUUUACAAAAAUAACAAAUUCGAAAGGUAAAUUAAAAAAAUGUGUAAGUCCAUAAAACCUGACAAAAACCAUAUCAACCAAGGGGAUCCACUGUGGUUUAUCAAAAUUUUUCAAAUGAGUCAUAAUCAGUUUAAAUGCACACUGAAAAAGAGAAAGAAAAUUUAAGCAAGGUUACAUAAUAUUAAUAGUUGAUGUUUCAUAAAUAUUAUUAUCAAAGGGGUUACAUGUCUAUUUUAAUGUCAUCCUGAAUCAUUUUCAAAAACAUUUAAUUAAAUAAACUAACUUUCAAAACAGAAUUUUCUGGAACUAAUAUAAUAAUGUAACUUCAAACAUUUUUAAUUUUGUACAUGUAUUGAAAGAGAAUGUUGAAUAUCUCAUUGCAAUUGUUUAAUAAUCAUUUACUACAAUUUGUUUUGCUUUUUUAUUCAUAUUAAUCUUAAAAAUCUGUUAGUUAAUUAUGAAUCAGGUAAAUCUUUCGUAUGUUAUUCUCUUUAUAGCUUUAAUUUUUUUUUAAUAUAUCUUAUUGUAUGUAUUUCAGUGUAUAUAUUGUAUGCUUUGAAUGUCAAUGAUUUUUAUAGUACUGUGUUAUUUUAUUUUUAUUUUUUACCUGUCUCUCAAAACAGGAGUGUUUGGGAUUGUAUAUCAACCGUCAAUAUAUUGAGGUUAAAUAUGACUGGUCAGAUAUGUUAUUAAAGAAAAUAUGAGUUACCGGUAUUUAUGUGACUCUUAUAAUUUGGGAAAUAAAAGUUUAGAGCAUUACAUAAAGUCUUCAUUGCAUGGUAAAUGCAUGAUGAAUUGUGAUCCUUGUUGAAAGCAAAAUGUUUUUUAAACUAGUAAUACUCCCAUUACAUUGAAAUAAGAACAUUAUUUUUGAAUGAACAAAUAUUUUGUAUAUGUUAUAGCUUACUUUAUUAAAGCCAUUAACAAAUUUGA